CCUUGGCCGUGCUAUCAGCAAAUAUUAUCUCUAAGAUGUGGAACUUGAAGAAAGAAGGCAGAAGUGGAUCUGCGGACAUACGUUUUAAAAAAUUUUGUGCCGAGAUAAUAACAAAAUCUCAAGUAUCUGAUGAUACCAUCUUCUUGUCACUAAAAUAUGUACAAAGGUACAUCAAGAAUGGAAACAACAUUUACUUUGCCAACGAACAUCAACUCUUUACUAUUGCUCUUAUGUUGGCACACAAAUGGCACAACGAUGAA